AUGGUGGAAUCUCGGAGACCCACAAGCGGAAGGGAGGCGGCUGUGUCGGUGGUGCCUGUGCUGCACUUGAAGAAACCACUGGACAGCAGCAGCAGCAGCAGCAGCGGCGGCAGCAGCAGCAACAGUAGCAGCAGCAGUGUGGAGCAUAUUCAUGGUUUCAAGGCAGCCGAGGUUAGCGGCAGCAAAAUGGAACUGGUAAACGGCUUCUCUUCAGCCAGCAGCAGCAGCAAUAGCAGCAGCAGCAAUAGCAGCAGCAGCAGCAGCUGCUGCAGCACACCCAGGAGCAGCAGCACCGCCACACCCAGCAGCAGCAGCAACACACCCAACAGCAACAGGAGCGGCAGCAUGACCCCCACCCAAGACAGCUAUAGUCCUGUAAGAAGCAGCAGCAACACCCCAACUAACAGCAGCAGCAGCAGCAACAGCAGCAGCAGCAGCAACAGCAGCAGCAGCAGCAGCAGCAGAUGGAGGGGUUCCCGUGGAGGUCUGCUGCUGCAGCAGCAAGCAUCAGGCAGCAAAACAGAGACUGAACCAACGCAGCACGCGAAUAGAGAUUUGCUGCAGCGGCAGCAGCAACCAACACCAAUCCUCAGGUUGUCUGUAGACCCUCGCACAAGAGCUGUCUCCCGCAGCCAGAACCCACAAGGCCUGUCGUCCCGUUCCUCCCUUAGCCUCGCCCCAGCCCGCCUCCACCUCAGCAGCAGCAGCAGCAGCAGCAGCAGCAGCAGCAGGGUGUGCCUGCAGCACGAAGGCUAUCGCGAGCAGGUGGAGACAGCAGAAAAUGGUAAUUUGAGGUGGGGACAAAAGGAAGCAAACGACGGAAGUUGGGUCGAAAAAUGGGCUGUACAGACAGUGCAGCAGCAGCAGCAGCAGCAGCAGCAGCAGCGCGUGCUGGAGUUCGGCCAAAGCCAAGGGAGGAAUUACCGCACUAAUGAACGGUGGAUAUCCCGUUGGGAGGAAACUGAUCGUGGGAGACGCGUGGAGAAGGUGGUUCAGGAGCUGCAGCAGCAGGAGGAGGACGAGGAGCAGCAGCAGCAGCAGCAGCAGCAGCAGCAGCCAGUAGUGCUGCAGGAGUGGGAAGAGGAGGAGACAGAAGACAAAGAAAGCGGCAUUACCAAAAUAAAUAAGAAGGGGACAGACACUCGAAGCGGCGAAGGGAGACGGUGGACGCUUCGCCUUCUCAAGCGCCAGCCCCCAGCAGCAGCAGCAGCAACAGCAGCAGCAGCAGCAGCAGAAGAGCCUGCGGCAAGUUCGCAGGGAUCGGCGGAGGAGCUGCUUGCGGAGGCUGCUUUGCUGCCAGCAGCAGCUGCUGCAGCAGCAACAGCAGCAGCAGCAAACCUGCUGCCGGGGCAAGAGAUAGAGGUAUUUGAGGAGACACGCGGGGAGGAGACGAGGGGGAGACUGCAGCACAGGGAGACAGACGGCAGACUCAUGUAUGAAGCAACAUGGAGAGAAGCAGCAGCAACGCCAGCAACAGCAGCAGCAGCAGCAGCAACAGCAGAAGCAGCAGCAGGCAGAGAGGUGCAUCAUGAAUGUAUGUGGGUAGACGAGGACGGCACAAAGAGAGGCAUAAAAAAAGGAAAAGACAAAGACGGGGCGUACUGGGAAGAAGAAUGGGAAGAAGGCAUCGACGGCACUCGCGUGAGCAGCAAAAGGAGACAGACAAAGCAAAGCGAGUGUAAGGAGACAGCAGGAGUAAGAAAAACAGCUAAAGGAGACAGCCAAGAGCUUGAAGAGUUCUCCAACAGAGUGGAGACAACGUUUGAUGAGGGGAGGGUCGUGGAGUGUAUAGACAGCUGGGCGCGCCCACUGAACGGCAGCGGCGCUGCAACGGGCAGCCAAAGGAGGGAGACGCAAACCUUUGAUAAAGAUAAACUUACUUCCGUCGAGGUGUCAAACACAAUAUGGAAGGACGACGGUGAAGAAUACAUCGCGGAUAGCUGGACAGAAGAAACCCUAAUUCAGCACCGCAGCAACGAGGCUGUUGCGAAUCGAUGGGGCAGGAAGAAGGGGAACCGCCGCUCAGACGGAAUGGAGUGGGGAGAGCGCUGGGAAGAGACAGAAGGCAUCCAGGACACAGCAACGCAGCAGCAGCAGCAGCAGCAGCAGCAGCAGCAGCAUGAGCAGCAGUUGAGGGUCCGCAUCCUUGUAGGAGAGAAGAGAGGGAGCAGAGGAGGAGAGACGUGGUGGUUAGACCGGUGGGGUUGUGGUGCGGGUGGUGUAGACCAUUGGUCCGAUAAGAGCUGGCAAGAAAAGAAAGAAGAAGAAGGAGAAGAAAAAACAUUUCGGCAAGGAGAUGCAUGGGAGGAGCGGUGGCGCGAGAAGUUUGAAGGAGACACCAAGACGGAGACAUGGGCAGAGAAGAAGGGAAGUAAUGCAAGUGGGGAGAAAUGGAUGGAAACAUGGGAGGAGCGUUGGGGGUACAAGACAGCUCAUAAAGAGGCGACGAACAGCAGCGGGUCUCGAAGAGUGGAGCGCUGGGGUGAGAUAUUUAACGACGAUGGCUCUGGGGAGAAGUGGGCCCAGCAGUGGGUUGAAGAAUCCCCUCAAAAACAGAGUAAAGGCAAACUCUGGGGAGAUCGCUGGGGGCCCCACGGCUUAGGGGGCCACCGCUGGGGAGAAGAAUGGGAAGAAGGAAAUUGUAGGAAAUGGGCUCAUGAUACACCCGGAAGGCCUGAAGGAUGUUAA